CUGUGAUGUCAGUGUGUGUGGGUGUGGUUUGCUGCAUGCAGUCUGUAUUUAAGGAGGUGUUGCUGCAGACUAACUUCACUUCCUCAGCUCAGCAGCAGACCAGCUCCUCCCUCCAGAACCAACUAUGGCCAGCAAACUUGCCCAAAAUGCCCUCCCAUCAGAAUCAAACACAUACAAUAACGAGGUAUUCCGGAUUGUGUUGGUGGGGAAGACCGGUGUUGGGAAGAGCGCCACAGGAAACACCAUUCUUGGAAAAAAGCACUUUGAAUCAAAGUUCUCUGCUAAAUCCAUGACUGUAGACUGUUCUAAUGCCUUUGGUGAAGUUGAUGGACAAAGAGUUAAGGUUAUUGACACUCCAGGUCUGUUUGACACCAAGAUUGAUGAAAAGAAUACCAGAAAAGAUGUUGGUAAGAGCAUUGCCUUUGCUUCUCCUGGACCCCAUGUCUUCCUGGUCGUCAUCAAACUGGGCAGAUUCACAGAUGAAGAAAAGCAGACAGUGAAGAAGAUUCAGGAAAUCUUUGGAGAGCAAGCAGACAGAUACAGCAUGGUUCUCUUUACCCACGGUGAUCAGCUCGAAGGAACUAUUGAAGAGUUCUUGAAGGAAAGUGAAGAGCUGCAGGAACUGGUGGUCAGAUGUAACGGCCAGUACCACGUCUUCAAUAAUGAGGAGAAGGAUCGUUCUCAGGUCAGAGAGCUGCUCGACAAGAUCAGAAAUAUAGCAGAGAAGAACAAAGGAAGCCAUUACACCACUGAAAUGUUCCAGGAGGCAGAGAGGGCCAUAGAAGAGGAGAAACAGAGAAUCCUUAAAGAGAGAGAAGAGGAAAUACGCAAACAGGAAGAGGAAAUGGAAAAGAGAUUAGAUAAAAUGCAUGAGGAACAAUUGAAGAAAAUCAAAGAGGAUGGUGAGAGGUUAGCAAGGCAGAUAGAAGCUCAUGAAAGAGGAAUGGAGGAGGAGAUUAGGAGAAUAAGAGAAGAGGAGCAAAGGCUGAGAGAAGAUAGCAAAAAAGAAAUGGAGGAGGGGAUGAGGAGAUUAAGAGAAGAGGAGCAAAGGCUGAGAGAAGCUAGCAAAAAAGAAAUGGAGGAGGAGAGGAGCAGAAUAAAAGAAGAGGGGGAAAGGGUGAGAGAAGCUCACAAAAGGGAAAUGGAGGAGGAAAAGAGGAGAAUAAGAGAAGGGGAGGGCAGGAGGGCCAGGAAGGAUGCUGAGGACAACGCUUCAUGGAUUGACGACCUUUGUUCCGCUGUGGCACAAGGUGUGAAAUCUUUUUUUUUUGGCGUCGAUGAUACAGUCUGACCCUCUGGAAUACCUCCUUGUUAAUCUUCACAGUCCCCUUUUAGAUGUUGUUGUUUGAUGUGAUUUAUAGUAAUAUCAGUUAUUUCAGUUGUGAGUUGCAAUUACAUACUAACAGGGUUACAGAUCGUCAAGAACCAAGAUGUUACUAAACUAUAGUAAUGUAAUGCAAACUAAUUUGUUCUUUGAUAGCUUUUGCUUUUACAAGAAAAAAGCAAAAUUAUAUAUUAUAUAUCAUGAAUGAAUGCUUUUAAGAUGUUAUACGGAUACGUUUUCUUUGGCUUUCCUGUAACUAACGUAAUGUUGGCUUUUGUCAAAUGAAAGGUUAAAAUGUAUGUAUGCAAUGAAUUUUGUAAUUCAAUCUGAAAAGGUUGGAACAUAAAUGAAUGUGUAAAGACAAACAUAGUGAUCAAUAAUGUCCCAUAAUAAAAGACUGUUGACUUCA